CAGCGAGGUGUGCGGUGGCAACCACACCGCCGCACAGCUGCUGCGGCGCACGCUGGUUGUCGCGGUUAGGGAACCGCGGUGAACGCCGCUCACGUUCUGAGGGGACUCGAAGAUGUACAGCCAGCGGUUUGGCAUCGUACCUCGGGAGGUUAAGGGCCCCACUCCCAAGGUGGUGCUCGUGAGAGCCAAGCCUCCCAAAGGCCGAGGGGUUGAGCGACAUCUGGAGAGAAUCCAACGUAGCCAUGAGAAGCAUCAAGCUAUUUUGACUUCCAUUAAGACAAAUGAGCGGAAUCGCUUGAAAGUUGAGUGGGACGAACACAAUGACCGCAAGUUUUUGGACAGCCUUGUGCAAGCAAGAAUCAAAGAUGCCAUGCAAGCAUUUAUCAUCAACACUGAAGAAAGACGUAAUAAGCUACGUGAACUUUUAGCAUCAGAAGAAAAUGAGUAUUUUACUGAAAUGCAAUUGAAAGAAGAAACAAUUGAGGUAAAAAAAGAUAGAAUGAGAGAGAAAACCAAAUUAUUGAAAGAGAAGAAAGAAAAAGAGAAACAGAUUUUUGUGGCUGAAAAGCUAGAUCAGCAAUUCAGGGAACGCUGCGAAGAGCUCCGUGUCGAAUUGUUCUGUAUCCACCAGAAGAAGGUGUGUGAGGAGAGGAAAGCACAGAUAGCAUUUAAUGAGGAGAGGAAGAGGCAGGAGCUGGUGGAAGAGCAAAUGUUCUCAAAGCUCUGGGAGGAAGAUCGGUUGGCCAAGGAGCGGCGAGAAGCCCAAGAGGCGAGGAGGCAGAGACAGCUGGUGGAGGACACGCGCCUGGGGCUGAAUGCCCAGAUCACUGCCAUCCAGGCGCAACAGCGGGCAGCGCAGCAGCUGAAGGAAGAGGAGGGGCGCCUCGUGGGAAGUGAUAAUGCACACAUUAAACUUGAGAAUGAAAAGGAGAAGCUAAAGCAACAGAAGGCAAAACAGGAAAUUAGGACCUUUUUGCAAAAAGCCGUCCAAGAGAAGAUAGAGCAUAUUCAGCAGGAGUAUAGAGAAGAGCAGGACUUGAACAUGAAGCUCGUGCAAAGGGCCCUUCAAGACUUACAAGAAGAGGCUGAUAAAAAGAAACAAAAGAGGGAAGAUAUGGUAAGAGAACAGAAGAUAUACAACGAAUACGUGGCACAGCGACACCAGGAAGAAAAAGAUCAGGAGAAAGAACUGGAUAAAAUAUUAGAGGAAGAGAAAGAAAAGAAGUUGGCUGAGAAGGACAGGCAGCUGAAACUUGAAAAGGAAGCAAGGAAACAACUUGUAAAUGAGGUCAUGUGUACAAGAAAACUCCAAGUUCAAGAGAAGUUGCAACGAAAAGCAAAAGAACAGGAAGAACGUGCUAUGGAACAGGAACGCAUAAAUGAAGGUCUUAAGGAACUUAACCGUGAAGAGAAAGAGAAUUUUGCAAGGCGCUGUGGUUUAGCCCAGGAGUAUAGGAUGCAACUGCAGAUGCAAAUAGCCGCCCAGCAGCAGGCCCGGGAAGCAGAGAAGGAAGAGAAUCGCCGAGAGUUUGAAGCAGGGAUAGCAGCCCACAAGAUUUGCCAGGACAAGAUCCAGGACAUCCUGACCAACCAUCCAGUGCUGGCCCGAAACAUUCAUCCCAUGCGGAGAGGAUGCCCAAAUAGGCUUCCACUAUAGUUUCAUAAAGGUCCUUCCAGUGUUUCUCAGUCUUAUAAUAUUUAACUACAAUAUACUUGUGUGUUCCUUUUAACUCAUGGAUGAACCAUGCUUUUUUUCCUCAAAAUUUGUGUUUUUAUUACACAUAAUUUUCUUUCUUCAGAUAUGACUGUUCCUUAUUUAGAUUUCACAGACUUAUACAUCUGAAUGGUAAACUUCCUAUUUUUCUUACUUGCCCCCAUGCCUCCCUUUCUUAUUCAUUUGUUAAUAGGUAUACUUUCUCCUCUCUGUCUACCUUAUGCCCAUUUCCUCUUGCCUCCCUCUCUUUCCUCUUACAUACAUAUGUCACAGUAUUACAGGACAUUUUUGUAGGCUAAGCUGGGACUACCAGCCACUUUUCAUUAACCCACUCGGUCAUUCAUAAAACAUUAACUGAGUGCCUACUAUGUGAGAAUUUUUACUAUGUGAAGGCAUUGUUGUAGAUUCUGGGACUUCAGCUGUAAACAAAACAAACUCCUUGCUCCCGGGGAGCUGAGCUUUGCAAAUCCUCUCUCAAAAAGUAAUGAUAAAACUGGAAACAUUGUCAAAAACAAUUUCAGUAUUCUGGAAGUUGACCUGGGGCUUGCAUUUAUUCAGGAAAAACGACUAAGCUUUGGUAAGAGCAGUGGAUGUCUAUGGCAUUUUGGGCUGGGGCUGCUCCCAUCCCUGCAGCA